CUGUUUGCUUCAAUCCUACAGGUGGUCGACGAAAACGAUGAAGUGCCACAGAUCAUAGCGAGCUUCAUACGUCCGGGGGCUGGCGAGGGUGACGCGGAAGCAGGCGUGAAACGUCUAAAAUAUCUGAGCCGGUAUACGGAGCAGCCAAGCGUCUUGGAAAACCAACCCGUCAAUACUUUGAUUGCUUCAAUCCAAGUGAGAAUUUGCCUACCCUAA